AUGGCGGCGCACGAAGGCACCAACCGCGUGGCGCCGAUGGAGGUCACCGUGGAGGCCGGGAACGCCGGGGAGGCCGCGUGGCUGGACGACGACGGCCGGCCCCAGCGCACCGGCACGUUCUGGACGGCCAGCGCGCACAUCAUCACCGCCGUCAUCGGCUCCGGGGUGCUUUCCCUGGCCUGGGCCAUCGCGCAGCUCGGCUGGGUGGCCGGCCCGGCCGCCAUGCUGCUCUUCGCCUUCGUCACCUACUACACGGCCACGCUGCUCGCCGAGUGCUACCGCACGGGCGACCCGGAGACGGGGAAGCGCAACUACACCUACAUGGACGCCGUGCGCUCCAACCUCGGUGGCGCGAAAGUCGCGUUCUGCGGCGUGAUCCAGUACGCCAACCUCGUCGGCGUCGCCAUCGGGUACACCAUCGCGUCGUCAAUCAGCAUGAAGGCCAUCAGGAGGGCUGGAUGCUUCCACACCCACGGGCAUGCUGAACCGUGUAGCAGCUCCAGCAUCCCGUACAUGAUCGUCUUUGGCGCCGUGACUUCGAUCAGAUUUCGUGGCUCUCCAUCGUCGCUGCCGUCAUGUCCUUCACCUAUUCUUCCAUCGGACUCUCCCUCGGCAUCGCACAGACCAUCUGGAAGCCUGACCGGCAUCAGCAUCGGUGCCGGCGUCACCUCCACACAGAAGGUCUGGCACAGCCUGCAGGCCUUCGGCGAUAUCGCCUUCGCCUACUCCUUCUCCAACAUCCUCAUCGAAAUCCAAGACACGAUCAAGGCCCCGCCACCGUCGGAGUCGAAGGUGAUGCAGAAGGCGACGCGUCUCAGCGUGGCGACCACGACCAUCUUCUACAUGCUGUGCGGGUGCAUGGGGUACGCAGCGUUCGGCGACGCCGCGCCGGACAACCUCCUCACGGGAUUCGGCUUCUACGAGCCCUUCUGGCUGCUCGACGUCGCCAACGUCGCCAUCGUCGUGCACCUCGUCGGCGCGUACCAGGUGUUCUGUCAGCCCAUCUUCGCCUUCGUCGAGCGCCGCGCCGCUGCGGCCUGGCCGCACAGCGCCUUCAUCUCCCGGGAGCUCCGCGUCGGUCCGUUUGCCCUGAGCCUUUUCCGCCUGACUUGGCGGUCGGCGUUCGUCUGCCUCACCACCGUGGUCGCCAUGCUGCUUCCGUUCUUCGGUAACGUGGUGGGGUUUCUUGGGGCCGUCUCGUUCUGGCCGCUCACCGUCUACUUCCCCGUCGAGAUGUACAUCAAGCAGCGCCGCGUGCCUCGUGGCAGCACCAAGUGGAUCUGUCUGCAGACGCUCAGCAUCAGCUGUCUCCUCGUCUCCAUCGCCGCCGCCGCAGGGUCCAUCGCCGACGUUAUGGAUGCCCUCAAGGUGUACCGGCCGUUCAGCGGCUAA